UCUCCAACGGGGUGGCAGUGAAUGGCUUGACGGCAGCUUGUAAAUAAAGCGGAUCCGCGCAGACGUAUUGGCGCAAGGAUGGCAGCCUUCCUUGAGGACACGCUACCCGAGGAGGAGAGGGAGUUUCAGAAGAUGUUAGCUUUAAUCGGAGGUAAAGAGCGGAUUUAUUUAGUGAGUGAUGCCUGUACGAGUAAAGAGGUGGACGGGGACGACGCUGGAAUAUUGCAGGAGUUCUUGGGUGAAAUGUUUCACGACAGCAGCCCGGCGACCAGCAGUGGACAGCCCCAAACCUCCCCGUCGAACGGUCACGUCGAGACUGUAAGUGCAAACGCCUCUUGCGGCAAGCCAGAGACUGUUACAAGCAAUGACAUACCUUUAAUAGCGAGGCCCAGGGAUUUGGAUUUGAGAGCCUGUCCGGUGGAAGAGGACGGGGACAAGGAGAGGCAGCCAACGCGCAAUGGCAACGCUAAGAAAACAGCAACGAGGAGGGCGAACAUUUACAGCCUAAAGCGAACCAUAGACUCUCCUAUCAUCAUAUUCAUCUUCAGACAGACAUUUAUCAGCAAACAAUCCAACGAAUUGUGCCUAAAAGAGACACUGAAGGACGUAAAGGCACGCACGAAACGUGCCAGAUUUGCCCGACCAGCUCUGAUUGGAUUAAUACGCACUGGACAGGAGAGCGCCGAGACGCAUCAGUGUGCGCAACUCCUCGAGCGCCUGAUCCGCUCAGUGUUUCACAAACAGUCGCCUGAGACUAUAUGGGUCGGCAGUUUCAUCCCGAAGACAGAGGCCCAAAUGCUCAGCAUCAAGAAAAACGCCUGCAAAGUGAUAUACUCUUCUCAAACAGCAGAUAAUACCGGGGAUAGAGGGAACCAGCUUUUCUGGCCAUUCCAAUGUUUGUUCUGGGCUCGGAGAAGAGGGCAGGCCACCAACUCUUCAACCGGCAGGCAAAGAGGCGACACUGGAAGUAAAGAGGAAGGCAUCCCUUUGAAAAUCAGUUCGUUGUCUGCUGGACCUCAUGUGAAUGGAGAGUCAGCUGGGGGAGACAGCUGAUGGCAUGACACAUGGCCUGCAGACACUACUUGUGGUGCUAAAGAGCCUUACUGAAUGUUCCAGUGUUUCUUCAUAGUGUUCAUUAUCCACACUGUUGAGCUAUCAUGAUUCUUGUCCUGAACAAAUAUUUAGCUAAAUAUUCAAAUCUGUCCUGCUGAUUUACACAUUGUCUCUGAUUUACAAGUAACUGUU